AUGAGCGCCUCUUCAUCUUCAUCUGAUGGUGGUCGGUCAGAUGGCACUCGGUGGGGAGGCGCGGGGGACGAUGACAAAAGCCGCGAACCCUAUGCCGGUGAAGUGCUGACGGCAGAUGGGUCCUGGCGCAAGAUGCGCGUUUCCACGGAGGAAGGCCUUGAAAAAAUCGCGCGGACCCUGCGCGGAGUGGGUCCCGAGUUCCAAACGUCCUUCCAGGUCAAUGUAUCGGGCCCCCCCCGUGUCCACGUGCUUCGCUCCGGAAACGUCUACCAGGUACAGCGCCCCAGCCUGGGUUCGAUUCUGAACGCCGCAACGCAGGAAAAAGUUGUUGAACUUCUGACAGCCGAGGAGGAGCAGGAGGCGGAGGCUUCUGAUGUGUGUGGCGCAGAGCAGACACAGACCAAGGAAAGAGAGGAUCCGGUCGCCAUCUCUUCGUCGUGUGAGGAAAAAGCAACGUCCGCUGCAGUGGCAAGCAAGAGUCCAGGCUCAGGAGGUGCACGUCAACAGGGCGGCGAGAAAGAGAGAGACGCAAAGCCACCCGAGGACAUGGGUGGUGCGGGGCAUACCAACUCUGGAAAAAAUGAGGACGGGGAAGGCAGUACUGCCUCUUCUCCAAUAACAAAACGUUGGGACCCUUUAAACGACUACCGCUUUUACGAAAGCAGACGCCCCAUGCCGCGCCCAAAAUUUUCGUCGCCGACAAGCGACGCCGAGAAGCACGCGCAGAAUCUGUUCGAGGACGCCCUGAUCGCUGACCAGCACGCGCGGCUCGAUCCCCUUCUCGGGGAGAUGAAGCGCGUCGACAACGAGCUGCUGCGCUCCCUGGCCGAAUGCGAUAAGAAUAUUAGCCGGCCGUUUGCAUCGGCCAGUCCUGGUCUGGUGCACCCGAAGCUCACACCAGCAGUGCUGCCACCGUCCUUGUGCGUGCCGCUGACAGGAAGCAACUGCGCGGACUUCUGCAAUUACCGGGGGCGCGAGGAAAUGAAGGGCAUGCCUCGUUUCUACGUCCGGAAGAACCGAAACGACUGCUUCUUCACGCGCUCGCUGGGAGCUGGGGACGUGGCGGUGAAAGUUGGGGUGUUAGAUCGUGAAGACGGCGAGGACGAAUCUGGUGCAGGACGGCAAGUUCUGGAGGAGCGGUCGUUAACAGACGAGCUCAUCGCGGCGGGUGUGCCGGACCACAUUCGUGAUCAGCUGGAGUACCCCUAUGCGGUGGAAUUGGAUUUCGUGCGGCUUGACGCCGCCGGCAAGACCCGCAAGACGAAGGCGCGACAUGACGCUCCCGGAAAAUCCGAGGCGAUCGCGAAGCGCAUCAAACGCCGCCGCAAGCUGCGCGAUGCAAUUUCGGCCGAGAAACGGAAAAACAACAGGUCGCCCUGGAAAUACACGAAGGAAGACGAAAAGCUUAGCGAGAGCGACCACUCCAGUUUUUCAUCCUCGGCCGAGUCGCUGCAAGACCGACGCCGCUGCCGGAAGUUCACAAAGAACGGGUCCCCGCGCCCGCGCUUUAGAAAGAAAUACUCGCCGGACUAUCACUACGGCCGCGAGAAAGCGGAAGAAAGGGACCGCAGGAUUGCCAGGCGCCCCGCGACGAAAGUGAAGUCUGAUGACGAGGGAUCUCUUUACAGGGCGGUGACAGCUUUGCACGCCGAACAGAAAAAUCCCGGAGUAGCGAGAAAUGUUGGUGGACACCACGCGCCGGGUCGUGGUGCAUCUAGUAGUCGGCUGGCAUUAUACAAUGACGCAGACGGCGGCCGCGGUCGCAAAUGGAAAGAGGAAAAAAUUACCACGAUGGAUAAUUCGAAGGAAGAGCGUGUUGUAAACAUCCUUACUCAUGAUCUGCGGCGAAGCGACGGCAGAGCCGACCACGACAUUCUACGGCACCGCGACGACAUUCGACGACGGACCGUCGGAACAUUGCUGGUUUGCCUCCCCGGUGCGUGGUGUCGUCCCCGGCCAAUGAAGCUGAACUUGAAAGACGGACUGCGCGAACGCUACGAGCUCCAACAGGUUCCCUUCGCGGACAGCGCCCGUGCGGGCACUGCGCUGCCACCAGCGAUUCGACUUGAUGAGUUGUCCGAGGAUCUGCGCCACGCCGCUGUCAUUGACGACGAGACUUCUUCCUGUGCGUCUUUAUCGCAGGGGGCAGAACCGCUCCGCACCCCGGGUUCUGUCGUGUCACCGGAGACCGAAAGCCAAAAAAGCCGUGGAUCGCAGCUUCAUUGCAUUGCAGUCGUCCGUGGUACGUCGGUCGACCUGAGCACUGUCCCGACUCAAGGCCACGCAAUCGUGGCCGUCUUUCGGAUUCUCCGUGUGCGAACAACGCCGCUGCUGCGGCAACUCCCGAUGGCGGAGAAACUUCUGGAGGAAACACGUGAAAAAGGCCCCGCCAUGCUGGUAGACUUCUUGUACGACGAAAAGGAGAGGCGGUACCUGGUCGAGGGCAAAGACGUAAACGAUCUCGAACUAGACACGAUCUUGGAGUAUCAAGCUAAUCUGUUUCUGCAGAGGGCUGUGCACAACGGUUCAGUGGAACUCGGUGCCCACCUAAAUUCUGUGACGCGGAAGAAGCUCCGGAAAGCCGGUUUCUCAAGGAAGCAGAUCUUGAUCGACGAGACCUUCGAGUUUGACAUACAGCCGUGGGACUUCUUCAGCGACGUUAAUUCGUAUCAGCGGGGGUUUCGGAGGAACAAGAAGUCGCUGCAGCAGCAGCGGCUGGAGGUCGUUCUGCGCCAGCUCUGGUCCUCUCCUACGUUUCUGCCUGACGGUGGCGUGCUUGGGUUACCUUCGUAUCGCAUUUACAGCAAUCGAGAGCUGUUUCCCCUGCGCACGGAUUCUCCAUCCUCCCCGCUGCCCGUUCAUGCGAGAACAUUGGGCAGGGAUAAAGUGUUCGUGCGCGCUUUGCGCCAGUCCGGUAUCGGGCAGCGCCUCACGCAACCGGCCUGCCCACAGUCGGCCGAAGGGAGUAACUGCCAGUUGGGUGAUGCCAGCAAGCCACUUCUUUCUGCCUGGGCUGAAACCUUCAAGAAGCUGGACAUCUACUACCACAUUCACACCGCACCAACGGCAUGCCAAGGUUUCGGGAAUAUCCCCCGUGCGCGCACGCACGAGAUAAUCUCGCUGGACCGACUUCCUCCCUGCCGGUUCCGAACUCGUCAGCUAUCGAAGUAGUAGAGAACCGCAGUAGGUCACGUUGAUGACUUUUGGCAAUAGCCGCAAGGCAAGGCGAGACUAUGAGGACUACCCAAUCAGAUAUCUCAAUCUUAUUCAUGAAUGUCGCACUCCCGCCUGCCCCUUGAUGUAGAUUUCGCUGUACUACCUGUCUAUCACUAACGCCACAAAUAAGCAGGUAGACGUAAGUAGAAAUUCAAUCCAAAGCAGUGGGCUUCUAAAAGUGCGCGAAGAUGAAAAAAAAAUAUCACACUCACCAAGGUUUUGUUGCCUUUGAAUCAAUCGAAAGGUGGUCGUGACAACUUUAAUGUUAGACGGGAAGUCUUUGUCUUGCGCUGGGUGCACGACAACUACCUAUCUUUGGAGGACGCACCUACAUCACGGUUCAAUUUUGCUUGUUGAUAGUCCGAUGUGGACGUGGACGUGGCGGAUUCCGUAGCCAUCGCUCUGCUCACCGCAAGCACAAUGGUGCAGACUAGGGGACAAAACGUUCCGGAUAUCUUCUGCAAGUACCCUGAUUUGGAGCUCGUGGAGUCGGAGUGCUCGGACGACGCCGCGGGGGAAAACUCAAAUUGUUCCGGAAUGCCGCCUGCGGACGAAAACGCCGAACGCAAGGGAGCCGUGGUUCCUGAGGUAGACGAAGCCAAUGAUCGCGGACACGGGCUAGUGGAGCAGGUCAUCUCCACUGGUGGUCGCAACCAGGACGGCAGCACUGCGAGUCCAGAUGGCGACGUUAAUAUGAAAGUUGCUUCUCAGCAGGAGCAGGGUCAGGUUCAUGAUGACGCAACGGUGACGGACAGUGAUAGCAGCAGCCAUGUAUUUCGUUUGGAAGCGCACAAUUCUUUGAGGAAGAAACUCCAAGUCGCUGCGGAACACAUUAUUGCCGAACCGGACCGAAUCCUCGAGUGUGCAGCAGGGGUGUUGAAUAAAUCCCCGUGGAGUUCUUGUGCUCCUCAUCUUCUGGAUCUGGGUGCGAUUUCGCAUGUGGAGGAGUCGAGGCACCAGCGCGAGAAGACCAGUAGAGAAGAUUCGACGAGGAAGGUGGGGCAAGAAGACUCCUCUCUCUACCACGUGACGCACUUGAUUUCGGUCCAGGACCCCGAGGAUUUCGACGAUUCCCACAACCGCGCGCCGCUGGCGGGAAUCGAUUGCGAGUUCAUUUGCCAUGGUCCCCCGGUCCGCGACCAGCAGUGUCGCUUCCGCCUGGCGGUGCAGGAUGUGAGAAACCAGGUUGGUCGCCGUGCGGGGUUGAGCCCGAUCGCAAGGCAAGCUCUGCUGCACAAGGGGGGUCCGAACACAGGCUACCACGACGCACACUCGCUGGACCUCGGGCAUUGCGGAAUGUUCAAAGUCCGGGUUCCGCCAGCCGCGGAACGUGUUCUGAUUCCGGAGAACAUGAACCAGCUCCAAGAUGGAGGGGAACGAGGUCAGCAGGAUGUUGGAAAUGAAGAGACACAAACAGUUGCCCGUUACCUUCUGGAAGCAGGCAUUUGUCCCUCGCAGCUGCAUGAUCACGCACGGUUUUUAGACAAUAUCCAUAUCUCUAUCGGCAACCGAGGCGCUAUCCUCGUUCAUGUUGAUGAGCAGAAUUCGAGUAUCUUGGGGGAUGAAGUGAACCAUGCCGACACGGCCGCAGCGGGUCAAGGAGGUCCGUUUCUCGUGCCGAACAUAGAGGAGCUGACUCCAGAGAAAGAGCAUAGCGCAUCCCUAAUGGUUGAGAGCUGCCUCAAGAACAGCAAGAGGGUGCAUUCAAUCAACAGCGAUCCGCGGAGGAUUCGGCACCGUUGUCCUUACCAAGUUCGCCUUGAGCUAUUGGACACGAUGACACGACUCUGGAGGCACUUCGAUGACUGGCAUCGCAUCAUCCAGAUCUGGGAGCCCAUCGGAAGCGACCAAAUUGCUUGCACUUUUAUCCCCCCUGCAUCCGCCUCGGAGCAGGUAGGACUGCGGAAAACAAGAGGCCUGAAGGCUCUCACGUAUGAACAACGCCAAUUUAAUGCCAUGCUGCGUGGCCUCCGCCUGCUGUUGUUUGGUAGUGGCCCGCUACGCGAGGACGGACACGUCGACGGUAGAGAUUCGCUAGGUCAAGUCUAUUUUCCUAGUCAAAGCGACGAGGUUCCACUGGGGCCGGGCGCCCAUUUUCCACCCGUGAAGGUUGACGGCAUUUACUCUUUUUGCAGCAGCGACGCCUGGGAAAGCCACCUGCGCAAAAGUGACCUCCUCGCAGCCAUCCGUUUCGACUGGGAGUUGGUCUUUCCGGCAAACGCCUUCAUGACAGAGCACGACCCGUACCUGGCAUUGGCACAAGAAGAUCCGAGCCGGCCUGUGCACGGGCCAGAAUACUUUGAGCAGCUGUCAAAGUUUUAUGCUGAUCUACUCUCAUCCACUCACGACGCGAUCAACGGGAAAGGCGGCCCAGCGGAAAUUCAUCCAGUGGAGAAAAGGGAGCCGUCACUGGCCGACACGCUUCGACAUGCUGCGGUCACGGGAACUUCCGCUACCAGUCAUUCGAGCGGCCCGUUGGAGUUGGUGUUGACACGUGACAAUAUCACGCAAAUUUUGUCCGGUUGCCCAUUGCCCGAUCGAAUGCUCGCGGCGAUCACUCUGCGGGGUGCGAAGAUGCGAGUUGUGCUGCGUUGGUAUCUGGAAGAGGUAAACGAGCACCCGAAGAGUUAUGAGCGGUGCCAGCAGUUGUCCUUCAGAGCGAACAAGUUCUACCGCGUGAAGCAGUUUGCAUUGCCGUUGGCCCCGAUUGCGCCGAUCACGUUGCCACCAGAUAGCUUCACUGGCGUCGAGGAGGGCCAUCUUCAGGUGGGUAGUUUCGCCAAUAAUCAUUCCACACCAGACGAUUCGGUUGUGGACCCAACUUCGAGCCAGAAGCAACGAAGGAACAAGCAGCUCUUGAUGGAGGCGUCCAGUCAGUAUGCCGUGGAAGCGUUUAAGCCCCGGCGUGCCAUCGUCCUGCGGAAACCUCUGCCGGAGAAGUUGCCAAGCUUUGCGUCGCGCGACGCGCUGGGGAAGUGGUUACUGUCCGAAAUGGGGGACCAAUACCUUCCGGCGGAGGAGGGGGACCACGUCUGGGUAGCGCCGCUUCCGCUGUCGGGCGAAAUGAAGGCGGCGGACGGGACUUUCGCCAAAGAUUUGCUGUACUUCCCGAUUGGCGAAACCACACCAGAUGCGACGAUCGCGAGGAAAAGCGGCAAAGCAGUUGAUAGCACGUAUCGAUUUUCUGUGCUCGUUUCGUUUUGGUACUCUCCCAAUGUCUACUUUUGCUCUUGCACUGCGCGUGCGCCCUGGUUCAUAAAGUCAACUUUUUCUCGAUCCUGUGUGUUUAUCUUCUUCUCAUUUUUCAACAGGUCAUCGUGCGAAGAAGGAGAGACGUUUGAAGAUGAUGGCGUCAUUGGUGAUACAGACGGAAAGCAGUCCCUUGCAACCCCAGCCGUAACUACUGAUCCAGACGUAACUACUGACGACUGCAACAUUGCGAAAAAGUACGCGGUCUUCCGACUCAGUGCGGCAUAUCACCUCGACUUUAGCAGUUUCAGUGGAUGGCGACCGCAGUGGGAGAAGGACCGGGCAUCGCGGCUGCGCGAGAAAAAGAAGGAAAGAGCCGAGGGAGCGUUUGCCGGCAAAAAUGACCGGCGGCCCUCAGAGUCGAAGAAGAGGCCUGCAAGCGGCCGGGGUAGCGGCAGUGGAUCGCCAAUGAAUCAAGCUACAAAUAAAGACGGGAGAAGAAAGGUUGCGAAGACCAGCGGUCGUGAUUCUGUCUAA